AUGGACACGGACGCCGCCGUGAACGUCUCCCUCAUCCUCCUGCUCUCCGCCGCCGCCCACCACGUGCUCCGCCGCCUCGGCCAGUCCCGCUUCGUCACCCACAUGCUCGUCGGCAUCCUCCUCGGCCCCUCCGUGCUCGGCCGCAACCACGAGCUCCGCGGCGCCCUCUUCUCCGAGCGCGGCACCUACAUCCUCGAGAGCGUCUCGCUCGUCGCGCUCAUCCUCUUCUUGUUUUCCAUGGGCGUCAAGACGGACAUGAGCCUGCUCCGCCGCCCCAGCGGCCGCGCCGUCGCCGUUGGCCUCGCUGGCUCCGUCGUCCCGCUCGCCAUCACGCUCCCGGUGUUCCACAUGCUACAGCCCACCCUCCCCGCCGACCUUCGCGGCUCGUCGCUCAUCACCGAGAUCGCCGUGCGCCUCUCGCUCUCCUCCUUCCCCGUCAUCGCCGACGCGCUCGCCGAGCUCGACCUCCUCAACUCCGAGCUCGGUCGCAUCGCGCUCACCGCGUCCCUCAUCACCGACGUCACCUCCUGGUUCCUCCGAGCCUGCUUCGCCGCGGCGUUCCUCGUCACGGAGGCCAAGUCGCCCGCAUUCACUACCAACAUCCUCGCCUCCUUCGUCGGCUUCGUCUUCUUCGUCGCCUUCCGGCUCGACUCCUUCUUCAUCGCGCUCUUCCUCCCCGUGUAUAUGGCGCUCGCGGGCUACCGCACAGACUUCUCAGAGCUGGGCGGCCACGAGGAGAAAUGGUGCGCGCUGGAGCUGUUCGUGGCCCUAUGCGUCGCCGGAAAGAUGGUGGGCUGCAUAGCCGCGGGGCUCUUCUUCGCCAUGCCGAUCGGAGAGGCCACGGCUCUGGCGCUCAUGCUCAACAUCCGGGGCAUCGUGGAGGUGGCCGCCAUCAACAACUGGGGAGACACAAUGAAGGCCACUGCCGAGCAUUACUCGACGCUGACCUUGUCCAUGGUGCUCAUCACGGCAGCGGCCACGCCGCUCAUCAAGAUCCUCUACGACCCGACAGGGAGGUUCGCGAGGGCCAAGCGGCGGACCAUGGAGGGCGCUCGGCCCAACGCGGAGCUCCGUGUGAUGGCCUGCCUCUACACGGAGGACCACGCCGCGCCGCUCAUCGACCUCCUCGAGGCCUCCGGCGCGAACCACGACUUCCCCGUCUCCCUCAUCGUGCUCCACCUCACCGAGCUCGUCGGCCGCGCCGCCUCCGUGCUCAAGCCGCACAAGAAGUCGUCCACGUCCACCGCAUCAUCGCCGUCGGACCGCAUCGUGAACGCGUUCCGCCACUUCGAGCAGCAGGCGGCGCCGGGGGCGGUGACGGUGAGCCCCUACGUCGCCCAGUCUCCCUACAGCUCCAUGCACCAUGACGUGUGCUCGCUAGCGCACAGCCGGAAGGCCAACCUCAUCCUCCUCCCGUUCCACAAGUCCUCGGACGGGGCGCGCAGCACGGCCAACUCCGCCGUCCGCUCCGCCAACCGCGCCGUGCUCCAGUACGCGCCCUGCUCCGUCGCCAUCCUCGUGGACCACGGCCUUGCGUCCGGGUCUGCGUGCGCCACGGCGUCCAACAGGAACCUGCUCCAGAGGGUGGCCCUCUACUUCCUGGGGGGACCCGACGACCGGGAGGCGCUGGCGUACGCGGCGAGGAUGCCGGAGAGCGGGGGGACGUCGGUGACGGUGGUGCGGAUCAAGCUGCGGAACUGGGUUGGGAUGGGCGGGCACGACGAGGUGAGGGACGAGGAGGUGCUCCAGGAAUUCUGGCAAAGGUACAGGGAAGACGAGAGGGUGGUGUACGUGGAGAAGACGGUGGAGGACGGGGAGGGGACGGCGUCGGUGGUGAGGUCCAUGAGCGACAAGUUCGACCUGGUCAUCGUCGGACGGAGAGGGGAGGACAGGGACGUCGAGGGGUCGGCGCUCACAAGCGGCCUCUCGGAGUGGAGCGAGUGCCCGGAGCUGGGCGUGCUCGGUGACAUGCUCGCCACCGCGGAGUUCGCGUCCAAAGUGUCCAUCCUCGUCAUCCAGCAGCAGGCCGGGAUUACCACCGGCGGCGAUGCCGACUAUCAAUGAUAGGGACUGAUUCGACUUUGGUUCGUCGUUAGUACAUUGUUUCUUUCUCGUUGAAUAUAUGUAUGUAUAUUCUAGUGAA